AUGGCCGACUUCGACUUGGACCUCUAUGGUGAUCUGAAAACCGACGUCCAGCUGAGAGACCCCCCGCCGGUGAAGCCACCCACACCACCCUGGCGAAAGCAGAGCUCCAGCUCUGCCCAGGCGGCACCUCCUCCUGAAAUCGAGCAUGAAGGCCCCUUCUCCGUCUCCACCACGCCUUCUGGUGUGCAAGCACUACUUGAGUUGCUGCGUGCCGGGGCGGAGGAGGACUUCGAUGACUUGGACGAUCCCGGACUGGAUGACUCGGGUCCGGAGAAAGAUCUUGCACCCGACUUGGAGGUCAGUGAGGAUGAGUUUGAAGCGCCGGCGAAGCGUCCGCGGCUGCAGGCCGUUCAGCCAGGCCCUAAAAACUCUGCCGAAGAUGGCUUCGACUUCGAGUUCGAGGCGGAUCUGCAGAAGGCGUCCGAGUCAAAGGUCUCCAGAAAUAGCACCGGUGGGAUGCUUAGCGAAGAUGGCUUGAGCUCAACGCAGAUCGUGUUGGCUGCGCCCACGGAGACGACGGUUGCCACGAAAGCGCCCAGUGAGGAGCCGCCGGCCACGACGUCAAAGUAUGUCUACAACGGCCGGAUGAAGCGUUGGGAACUCCGAACCUUGAAGGUGGCCAAACAGCCACCGCAGGACAACACACAUUCAGGUCCAGGUGGUGUGCGGCAGAAGGUGAAGCUUUGUCGCUUCUUCGCCAUCCGCGGCAGCUGCAAGUGGGGAGACCGCUGCUUCUACGCUCACAAUGAGGCGGAGCUGUCGCUGGGUCACGACGUGGCCUCGCAGCAGCGAAUCAUCUCGGAGUGUGCCUACAAAGCCUGGGAGGACGCGGAAGGAGGCAGUUGCAGCUACGCUGCAGCGCUGGCCGUGCGCCUGGCGAUUCGCUUCGAGGCCCAACCGCACAACCUUUUGCCCACCAUGGAGAAGACUGGCUUGCCCAUGCUUGGUGGGCCCCGUGCAACGGUGAAGAUGUUGCUGAGGCUUUGUCACCCAGACAAGUGCAACCAUCCCGAGGCAAAGCGCGCCGUGCAGAUUCUUGGUCCCGUCUUGGCCACCUGCACUUCUUAA